CGUCCGGUGUCGCCAGGUAGGGGCGGGUGGAGCGCGGCGCGCGGGAAGGCCCCGCCCCCCGGCGCGCGGGGCCGUGUGGGGCCGGGGGUCCCGGGCCGGAGCUCGGCCCCGGUUCUGGGCCUGGGCCCGGUCUUAGUCCUGAUCUUGGUCACGAUCCCCUCUGCUCUCGAUCCCAGUCCCAGUCCCGAUCCUAAUUCCGGUCCUAGUGCUGGUCCCGGGCGUGUUCCCGGUCCCGAUGCUGGUCCCGCUGGUCACUCGCCCCUUUCACCCCCGCACAGCUGAGGGGGCUGAGCGAGGCCUCGGGGGGGCUGGGGUUGGUUCUCCUCUGCCCCCCGAAAACACCCAGGGAAGGACCCAGGGAUGGAUGCAGGGCGGGUGGUGGGGCUCAGUGACCCUCUGAGCCGCCUGUGCGGUCGGUGGUGCCCUCGGAGAGCGUAAAGGGGGAACAGGGUGGGGUGGGGGACCCUGGCCCUGCUUCCCCUCAUCAGAGCUGCGGAGCCUGGCAGAGGUUCGAGCGUGCCCCGAGGUGGUGCUGCACACCUGCCCUGGGCCCAGCUGUACCGCAGGGCCUCCGUCAGGGGCUCCCGGGCUCGCAGGGCCUGCGAGGGGGUGACAGAGCCCAGGUGGGAGCACAGCUCUGCCAAGGGCUCCUGAAAACCUCUGCUCCACGCAGCGCUUGUGCUUUGUACAGAGAGAAACCAGGCCAGUGGCACGGCUCUGCGUGGUGGUGAUGUGCUCACAUCUCGCUUUGUUCUCCCCUGAUCAAAGCCACGCAGAUGGAUCUGUUCUGGUGACUUCCCGUUGUGUUGAGGGUCAGACAAACCUUUGACAGGAUGUUGGGAUUCCUGAAGGAGCCAGUUGUGGUCACUGCAAAGAUCAAUGUGAGCCUUGUGGCACUGACCCUGAUGGGAUUAAUAAGUCGUCUCUGGGGGCUUUGCUAUCCACGGGCUGUGGUUUUCGAUGAGGUUUAUUAUGGCCAAUUUGUUUCACUCUACAUGAAGAGGAUCUUCUUCGUGGAUGACAGUGGCCCACCCUUUGGCCACAUGCUGCUGGCUUUGGGAGGUUAUUUAGGAGGAUUUGAUGGAAACUUCCUAUGGAACAGGAUUGGAGCUGAGUACAGCAUGAAUGUUCCUGUGUGGUCCCUGCGACUCCUGCCAGCCCUGGCUGGUGCUCUCUGUGUGCCUUUAGCCUACCAGAUUUUGGUUGAGCUGCACUUCUCCCACUGUGCUGCACUUGGAGCUGCUCUUCUGAUUCUCUUAGAAAACUCUCUGAUCACUCAAUCAAGGUUCAUGCUUCUGGAAUCAAUACUGAUUUUUUUUAUCCUGCUUGCAGUUGUGUCCUACCUGAAGUUUUACAAUUUGCAAAAGCACAGUGCUUUCUCUGGAAGCUGGUGGUUUUGGCUCCUGCUGACUGGAGUAGCCUGCUCUUGUGCAGUUGGAGUGAAAUAUAUGGGCCUGUUUACCUACAUGCUGCUCUUGGCCACUGCAGGACUCCACUUCUGGCACAUGAUAGGAGACCAGAACUUGUCAAAUGUUUCCUUGCUGUGCCAUUUUCUAGCCCGGGCUCUGGCCCUCAUCAUCAUCCCCCUGGGGCUGUACCUCUCCUUCUUCUACGUUCACUUGGCUCUGCUGUAUCGCUCUGGGCCUCACGACCAGAUCAUGACAAGUGCUUUCCAAGCCAGCUUAGAGGGUGGGCUGGCUCGGAUCACUCAGGGUCAGCCCUUGGAGGUGGCCUAUGGCUCUCAGAUCACCCUGCGGAACGUGCUGGGCAAGCCCAUGCAGUGCUGGCUGCACUCUCACUCCAACACGUACCCCAUCAGGUAUGAGAAUGGCCGAGGGAGUUCCCAUCAGCAGCAGGUGACCUGCUACCCCUUCAAGGAUGUGAACAACUGGUGGAUUGUCAAAGAUCCUGGAAUGCAGCAGCUGGUGGUGAGUAACCCCCCCCGGCCCGUCAGGCACGGGCACAUCGUGCAGCUGGUCCACGGCAUCACAACUCGCUACCUCAACACGCAUGACGUUGCUGCUCCUCUCAGCCCCCACUCCCAGGAAGUUUCCUGCUAUAUUGAUUAUAACAUCUCCAUGCCAGCACAGAACCUCUGGAGAGUGGAAAUUGUAAAUCGUGAGUCUGACACGGAUGUGUGGAAGACAAUUCUGUCAGAAGUGAGGUUUGUUCACGUGAACACCUCUGCAGUGCUAAAGCUCAGUGGAGCGUCUCUGCCCGAGUGGGGAUACCGGCAGCUGGAGGUGGUUGGAGAGAAGCUGGCCAAAGGCUACCACCAGAGCAUGGUGUGGAAUGUGGAAGAGCACAGAUAUGGGAAAAGCCAAGAGCAAAAAGAGAGGGAAGUGGAACUCCACUCUCCCACCCAGAUGGACAUCAGUAAAAACCUCAGCUUCAUGGCAAAGUUCACAGAAUUGCAGUGGAAAAUAUUGACAUUAAAAAAUGAAGACACAGAACAUAAGUACAGCUCCUCUGCCCUGGACUGGAUCACAAUGGACACCAAUAUUGCCUACUGGCUCCACCCCACCUCGGGGGCCCAGAUCCACCUCCUUGGGAAUGUUGCCACCUGGGCUUCAGCUAAUGCAGCUGCUCUGGCCUACCUGUGUCUGUCCCUGUGGUACUUGCUGCGGCGAAGGAGGAAGAUCUAUGACAUCCCUGAAGGUCUGACUGCACUCUGUGUGUGUGUCCAGGUGGAGCCCUGUGCCUUGCUCUGCUCUCAGAUGCCAUCUCCUGUCUCCUGCAGAUGCCUGGCAGCUCUGGAUGGCAGCGGGAGGCAUUUGUGGUGGAGGCUGGGCUGUGAAUUACCUGCCCUUCUUCCUGAUGGAGAAAACACUUUUCCUGUACCACUACCUGCCUGCUGUCACAUUCCAGAUUCUCCUGAUUCCUGUGGUACUGCAGCAUCUCAGCGAUCAUCUCUGCAGAUCUGUGCUGCUCAAGAGCAUGUUGAGUGCCCUGAUUGUAGCCUGGUUCUCCUCGGUGUACUUUGUGUACUGCACCUUCAGCCCCGUGACCUACGGGCAGCCUGCGCUGUCCCUCGCGGAGCUCCGGGCCCUGCGCUGGAAGGACACCUGGAACAUCCUGAUCCGAAAGCAGUGACCACUCCAGCCUGGGACAGCAAAGGGAAACACCUCGUGUGCAAAGCCAAGAAUUUAUUGUUACUAUCAUGGAAAUAUUAACAGUCGCUUCAGGUAUUUUGUAGUAGUCCAGAUCUAAUGAUUACAGGAGAAGAAAACAAAGGAAUGCUGUUACAGAAAAGGUCUCAACAGUAAUACAGCUGUUAGGAGCACAGUUCCCAGUUUCUGCCCUUGUUUCAUGCACCCCUCACUGCCCCUCAGGAUGUGAAGGUUGCUGACUUCAGUCAACAGCAUCCCAGCCCCUUUGCUGGGAAGAGCUGCAAC